AUGGCCCGUUUUGUUCGUGCUUCAAAGUUUAGACAUGUAUUUGGUACCGGAUCAAAACAUGAAAAUUGUUUCGAUAAUGUCAAAGUUUCAGCAAACGCGUGGGAUACCAACUUAGUCAAAGUUAAUCCGACUUUUGUCGCCCUCAAUUGGAAUGCUGGAGGUGGUGGAGCUUUCGCUGUAAUUCCUCAUAAAAACGCUGCUCAUACCGCUCCCGUAUUGGAUACGGAUUUCGCCAAUUUUAAUGACUAUGUGAUCGCUUCUGCUUCAGAAGACACCAAAGUGAUGAUUUGGACUAUUCCCGAAGAGCUUCCCGAUCUUAGUGAUCUAGACAAAGAGAUACCAGAUAUUCAACCUGCUGCAAAAUUGAGUGGUCAUGGAAGGAAAGUUGGACACGUUUUAUUUCAUCCUACUGCGGACAAUGUUCUAGCAUCUUCAUCCGCGGAUCUGACAAUAAAAUUAUGGGACAUCGAGAAGGGAAUUGAAAAAUUACAAUUAACCGGAUUUACGGACUUUGUACAAUCACUCGCAUGGAAUUGGAAUGGUAGCUUGUUAGCGACUACUUCACGUGAUAAAAAAUUACGGAUUUUUGAUGUGAGAGCAAAUAAAGUUGCAAUACAAGCUGAUAAUCAUCAAGGAGUGAAAGGCGCUCGAGUAGUUUGGCUUGGUGAAAGUGAUAGAAUUGUGACCACAGGUUUCUCAAAGAUGAGUGAUCGGCAAGUGUGGCUUUGGGAUACGACCACACUGGGUAAACCAAUCAAAGAUUUUAACCUUGAUACCUCAUCGGGAAUUGUCAUGCCUUUCUAUGACAAUGACACAAAAAUUUUAUAUCUCGCUGGAAAGGUAAUCGAAUAUGAUCUAUCAAUAAUUCAUAUCCAAACUCCUGACGGUAAUAUUCGCUAUUAUGAAUUUGAAAAUGAUGAAUUAUACUCCCUUUCAGAAUACAAAUCAUCCGAACCUCAACGUGGGAUGGCAUUUUUACCAAAACGAGCAUUAAAUGUUACCGAGUGUGAGAUUGCAAGAGCAUACAAAGUUAGCGGCAACUUAAUCGAGCCAAUUUCGUUUGUUUUGCCACGUCGGUCGGAUGCUUUCCAAUCUGAUAUAUAUCCCCCCACUGUGAGCGAUGAACCCGCUCUUACUGCUGACGAGUUCUUUGAUGGUAAGAAUGCAAAUCCGAAAACAAUCAGCUUAGAGCACGGAUUCCAAUCAAAAGAGAAGAAAGAAUUCGUUUCUUCAGCGCCAAAAGAAGAAGAGAAAGAAUUGCAAUUGCCAAAAACUGAAAAAGAGUAUCAAGAAGCAUAUCACACCCUUCGCCAAGAAAACGAAGAUUUGCGAAACCAAGUGGCACAACGAGAUGUUACCAUUCGUGCACUAACAGCUCAACUUGAACAGUUGAAAACUGCAGCUUCAUGA